AUCCACAUAGGAUAGACAUAGACAUAAAGGCUAGCGUCGUUAUGCCUACAGGAGCCAAGAAAGCAGCUGUAUAAAUAUCCUCAUUAUUUCCCCGCCAAAUGCUAUAUCAUAGGUACUUAGCCACCCAUACCAGUAACCGGCCAACACCAACAGACUAGAAUCCGUAAACCAUGGCUCCCGUCACCGAAAUCGUCAUCCACAGCCUCAAGCCAGGUACGGACGUGGACACUUUCUACAACCUCUUCGCGGUUAUCAAGGGGCAACCGGGCGCCCAAGCCGUGCGUGUUUCCACCGUGCACGAGAACCCCGAGCAGGUCGACCUUUUUAUCGACUGGGACAGCAUCGAGUCGCACCAAGCCCUCCAGGCCCAAACGGAAGCUUACAGCGCCUUCAUCGACCAGGUCAAGCCACACGUCACCAAACUCGCUACCGUAGUCCACGCAGAGCUGACUCCGUUCCCGCCCACCGUGCUGGACAACGCCGAGGGCAAGGGCAAAUCUCCCGCCGCCCAGCUCAUAUUCGCCUACUUCGCGCCCGACACCGACGCGGCCAAGACGCUUACCGAGGCGCAAAGGUUCGUCUCCAAGCUAGCUGGCGCAAGCUUCGCGGGCUUGACGGGCGAGUCCUCUCUCGGCUGGACGGUCGAGAAGGACGUCGACUUCAAGGGCGAGAAGACCCGCGUGCUCGUUAUCAUCCUGGGCUGGGAGAGCGUCCAAGCCCAUUCGGAGGCGCGCGAGACAGGUGCUUGGAAGAGCAUAAUUGGCGAGUUCCAGGGCGCCGCGGAGGGCCUGAAGGGCUUCGAAGUCACCCACGUUAGUACCAGAGCUUUAUAGGACAGAUAACUACCUAAGGUUAGGUCAAUACCUAGCUAGCUCAGGGUCCCUCGUGUUGAUGCGGUGGGAUGUUGAUAUACGUCAAAUUUCAAGAUUGCGGGCUAUAAAGGGACUUGGUACGUAGAUUAACGAUUUACGAAGAGAGGCGACAUUUGCUUGAGUUACUGCAUCGUCUA